CAAAGAAGAAGGUACAUUUGACAACUAUUUUAUGUAGGCUGAGGCUUCUCGACAGCGGGAGAAAUGUGCCUGACAGGACCACAGACAUUCAGAGUGACCUGGGGGUGUGACGGUGAAACAAGAUCAUCAAGAGUGAAAGGUGGGCAUCAUCUUAAAAUAAGCAGUCUCAAACCUGAUGAAAAGUACCAGUUCAACAUGGCUACAGAGGGAGAAGAUGGAAGCCAAAGCAGAUGGAUCUCAGCAUCCCUAUCCACAGUGGUCCCACCCAGAGAUUUAAAGAUAGACCAUUUGGAAGAGACCUCCUUCACUCUCCACUGGUCCAAGGCUGAAGGUAUGGAGAAAGUCCCACAGCGCUUCUUCAUAUCCUACUGCAUCCCAGGAACAGACCCCCUCACAGCCGUUACUGACGACUGCCACAAAACCUUCUCAAACCUGCAGCCUGGCACCGAGUACACUGUUAGUGUGUCAACUGUGCUGAGCAAUGGGGAACAGAGUGAACCUGUCUCUACAACAGUCUGCACUAGUAAGAGAUCUUCCCCCAAUUACAGCUCAUCAUCUCUUUACCACUAAAGCCUCUCUCCAACCUUUUAUCCAGUCUCUCCUCUCUGGGGAGGUUCCCAUUGCUUGGAAGGCAGCCACGGUUUGUCCUUUAUUUAAAGGAGAUCAAGCUGAUCCUAACUGUUAUAGGCCUAUUUCCAUUUUGUGCUGUUUAUCAGAAGUGUUGGAAAAACUUGUCAAUAAUCAGCUGACUGACUUUCUUGAUGUCUGUGGUAUCCUCUGGUAUGCAAUCUGCUUUCCGCUCAGGUUAUAGAUGUGUCACUGCAACCUUAAUGAUGUCACCAUCACGCCCUUGAUUCUAAGCAAUGUUGUGCAGCCAUCUUUUUUGACUUGGCCAAAGCUUUUGAUACGG